AUGGUCGCUGCAGGAAAGAGACUUGUCAAUGCCAACUGUGCCCUGCUGUUGCUCGCUUCGCACGAGCAACAGACCGCAGGAGCUGUGCCGGUACUGCCGACCAACCGCGUUCGCCAUGUCGGUGCUGGAUUGGCCUGGUCGCAAUGGCCUAUGGACGGCAUGGAUGCACCCGCGUCUGGCCAAAUGGCAGCCACAGUAGACGCGGAUGGCCGUAUCAAUGUCCUGACGCAAGAGGAGAUCACAGAGCUGCAGACAAAGACGGACGAUGACCUCUCAGGUGGCUACUACGGAGGACGCUCUUCCUCGAAAGUUAUGUGCUUCAUAUUGAUGUUGAUAGAAGACCUACAAUCUUCUAGUUGUCCCUGCUCCUGUCCCUCCAUCAGGUCGCAAGUACCUACGAAUCUCAAUACUCAAUGUUGAUGUCGUUCUUUCAUCUUGAGAUUUUUCUAACACAAAAGGAUCGGAGCUGGACGGAUUGGAUGGGAUUACCCACCCGUGCUUGCGUGAACGCCCAGCUGAUGCCGCCACUAGAGACCUCUGGAGCCGUAAAUUUGGUUGCACCUGGGAUGACGUCGCUCCCACGAACAACAUCAAGCGUGGUCAGGAGAAGCGACUGCAUCCGGUAUUAUCAUCUGCUGCUCUACUUUGGUUUUUGUAUUACUUAUUUCUAGAACUACAACUUUGAGUCAACAUAGACGCCCGGAGGAUGACGAUUGACGAAGUUAAUAUUAUAAUAUUGUACUAUACGAGUACUUGACGAAAAAUCGAGUAGAUUUGAAGAAAAAUCGGGAUUUCUUUCUGCCGUCAUCGAUUUCGAUGUAGUGCAAAGAAUUAAAUAGUAGAACAAAUAAGGACCCUGCAGCACUGGGACUGACAUCGUCUACCUAAAAAUCUUGAACAGUUUGGUGGACCGGAUAACAAUGUGACUGGUGGCCCCGACAGCGCCUCGUCCGAUGAGGGCACACGACCGCAGAAGUACUCGCGCUUUUCCUACGCUGGCGCCGUUAAAUGGGAAUCUUCUCAGACCUGGGACGAAUUCUAUGUAAACCAACAGCGCCGAAACAACAAUGUCCGCCGUGCUCGCAUCGAAGCUCAAAACCUCUUCGGUAUCGCCAAGGGCAAAGAGGGAGCCGAAACCGUCAAUCCAGCCAUGCCGAAAAACCUCCAACUUUUAUGCUUCCAAAGAACUAUAUCGCAAAUCAAUGAAGAUUUGUUUUAUUUGUAUCUAUCUAUAGGUUAGUAGCUAGAUGAACUAAAUGUAAAUUGUAACAACAAGUAGUUUUUCGUAGACGCUUGAACCAUAGUACUGGUCACUUUUCUACGGUCGUUUUUUUUGACACUAUCAGGAACUACCAAUACAACAUGACAUAGACAGAGUCGGGCUUUCAGCAUUAUACUAGGCAUGUACUGCUAGUUGUACAAUCUUAUCAAGAAAGAGUUACCAGCGCAUGGUAAAAAAUUAUAAUACUGUGUGCACGAGCAAGACCAAGAUGUUGAAUAACGAGUUCAUGUCUAUUCAGUCGAAAGAUUACAACUACUAACACGACGAUCACGAUUAAAAGUAAACAAGUGAACGUUCUGCUUCUACUUCUAGGUCUUCUAACCUUUCCCUCUGUUGCCAAAAACGUUGACAAUAGCGACGUCGACUUGUUUUUCUCGGUCUCCGAAGAAGACUGGGAUGCAGCACAACAGCAGGGAGUAGACCGAGCUGUGUGGGACACGGAGAAGGGGACUUCCAACAAAAAUCAGCGCCCCUUCCUCCUUAACUGCGUUCUCUUCGCAGCAAUCAUGAUUGGUAAGAUAUUUUGGAAUUUCGUACGUGUACGACACAAUGACUUUCAGCUAUCUACUAGUACUACUUCUUGGUUGUAAAUAUCACUUCCAAAUCAUGUGCUAACUAUGCAUCUAAUAUCUGUUUCACGUAUUAUUUAUCUGCUAUGCUUUUCUCUCCAUAUCCAUUUGUUCUCUGUUCAGUUUUCGCGAUUAUUGUGCUGUUGCUGGCCACCGUGGUGCCUCAAUUGAAUGUGGUCCUCGAGUUCGUGAUGCCGCAGGACGACGACAUUCAGUUGCGCCAAGUGUCAGCAUCCCGACGCUCGGUAGGAUCUUCUUAUCCUUCCACUAACACUAUCCGCAAGCCAGCAGUGGCCCAUGAAAUUGAAUUUUCCGCUGCCGACCUGCGUUCUCGCAUGGAGAUCGAUGAGAGCAAGAUCAGCCAGUUCGGCUUCUACUCCAAUUUUGGUCGCACUCUUGAAUGCGGAUUUGGAGGACUUCCAGCCUCCAAGGAUAAUGGACUUUCGCCGUCCGAUGACUCUACCACUUGUGGCGACUCUCCGAUGGACGACUCUCCGCUGGACGAUGUCUACGAUGCUGGCUUAAUGGUACCAUCAUUCUCAGUGGGUUAACAUGAGAUUGAUGAUGAUAAGUAAAUGGAGGUCGCCAUCUGGUCUCUAGGGUGGUCGAGAAUGACCAUAACAGGGGCACAUACAUACACUACAUUAGAUUUUAGUAUGUUGAAGAUGAAGAAUAUCUCGUAUGUGUACUUAUGUGAAUGAGAGUACUGCCUGAAAAAAACUACCAUUAUGAACCAUAAACAUGAUUUUAUUGACUCUUAAUUUGUCUUGACCACAGGGGAGCAACAGCAUUUAAGACGUCAAACUUCGAGUACGUUUUGUCGUGGAAUCACGACAAGGAAAUGAGGACGGGAGUUGAGGAAGAUGGCACUUUUUUGGGAUCAGAAUGGUGUCAACAGGUUAAGGUUUGAUCUCGUGUUGGAGCAUAGAACGUAAGUAUUCAUAUGAGCAUCGUGUACGUGAAUUUGUUAACAACAACUCGACCUACUACAACCUGAUGUUGUGGCGAGGUGGUUGAGCGCAAGAAGGAGAAUGCGCAAAGUACUUUUUACUGUACUCUCUGUGGUAUAGGUAUCCUUUCUUUCUUGUACAAAUCAAAAUGUCAUGGUAUAUUAGGAGUAUUGAAAUGAAUCGUCCGUAUUAGCACUACAUGUGAUAUCACCAAUGAACAGCAUAUACUUUGAACAGAUACAACACAACACAACAAGCCCCAAAACCCCGACUUACAAGAACUACAUGAAUAUUGUUGUCAUGACUGAACCACUUAUUGCACAGACCAGUUAGUUACUGAAUCAGUUUAAUCUUACAGCGGACAAUCAAUUACAACAACUAUGAAAUUACAAAUUCAAACACUUGCGAUCAAACAACUCAGUUUAAUACCGAAAGUAACACUUAUUUCGAACUAGUACUAGUUAUAUAUAAGUAUCGAGAUCGACAGCAGUAUUACCUAAUUAGAAAAAGUCAAGCGACCACGUACUUCUUGGCUCAUCCUUCUUCAACACGCCAUACAACUACACAUCAAAUUUAUAUUCUGAGGCAUAAAAAAUGAAACACGAACACUUCCAAAAAUCUUCACGCUCCUGCUAUACUUAGAUUGAAUGAGCCUGCAUGCUAUGAUCAAUUUAUAUCUAACCAUAAUACAACCCGAACUACGAACAUCUCCGCUACAUACUACACUUCGAUUCAACAUCCAAACUGCCCACACCACGUUGAUUUACACAAUUUGCCACGUACUCAAGCACGUAACAUAAAAGUAAUAUUAUCAAAUCUGUACUACCCAUAAGUCUAGUACCCGCUGCGUGAACACUUAUUUCCAUCUCGUCCACACAUUAAUGCCUCUGAAUGAUCAUAAUUCGAAUGAUAUGAUGCUCUGAUAUUCACUUGGUUUAACUUGAACUCAACAUAAUUUGAUUUUGUAUUUCUUGCACUACAUCGCCAAGGACUGACACCACCUUGAUCAUCUUGUCAACAGCUCGCCCUAUUGUUGCCUUGUUUUAAACAUCAACAUGUAGAAGUACCAUUCUUCCACAGGUUGUUUUAACUAGGCGUUUCGAUCUUUCAUCAGAAUAAUCAUCACAUCACAAUGAAGUUGAAGAUAUUUUUUUCGUCUCUUUUUGAUACCAGACGGAAGAACAUCUUCUUCUCCUUCUUCUUCAUCAAUCUGAAGACGGUGUACAGAAUGCGUUGAUUGUUUCGGAGGUCUCAACUACCACAGCUGAAGACAGCAUGGAACUGGAAGUACAUAAUGCAUCAUAUUAUACACUUGAACACCAGCAAGUAGAAGGUGAACCCCAUCGUCACCCACACCUCCUCCAUGUCAUAUUCAAGAACAUCAUAUUAGAACCUCCUACGUAUGAAAAUUUUCCCAAACGACGACCCUCUAAAAUGAUCAUUGGCUUCAAACAUCCAAUACAGGAUAUACUUGCGUCCGACGCAUCCAAGAUAAUUUGGAUGAUGUGGCCACCCUCCAUUCAAUGAUAACCCAAGAUAAGUAUACAAACUUUGCUUUCCAGCAAAAACGAUGAAUCUAACCCCGCACUACAUAGAAAAUCAACGAAGCGAACAAAGCUGAAGAAGCGCUUCAUUAAGUAGAU